UAAAUUGUGCAGGAGAGUGUGUGUGACAAGCUGAAGAAGAGUGCUGUGCAGUGGUGCUCCCAUAGCAGAGAGAAAAGCUUUGGGGGAAAUGAUAGGGGGUGGUGUUGGAAGGGUGAGCACCAGUGUGGGUGAGGGGGAUGAGAGCAACCUAGAAGAAUGUGUUACAGUGUACGUCUGACCAGAGUGAAGAGUACAAGAAAAUGUACAGAGGAAGACAAAAAGGCAUUUUGCACUGGGAGACAACAAUCAGAAUGUGCUUAUAGCUGUGUUCUACCUGUUUCAUGUUCUCUAUGCAGUUUUAUUUUAAUUACAAAGAAUCAAGACAGACCCUGUUGAAGCUUUUGGAAGUCUGAAGGCCGAUCAAUAAUGAAGACUACACAGCAAAUCAUACAGAAUACAGGCCAAAGGAAAAGAACCUCCAGCUCAACUUCAAUUAAAGCAGGCAACACCCUUGCACAUGCCCAUGAAAUCAAUACCAGGCCGAUGCCUUCGUCUUGGAUGAGCAGUGCUUUCACCAGUGUGCCAGAACUAUUUGGAACAACACAAGUUGCUCUGCUGAAACUCGCCCAACUUGAGGCUCAAUUGGUCUUGAACCUGAUUUCCAACUUUGCAGCUGGAAAUCAUGGUGGUUAUGGGAACCCCUUUGUCCCUCUAUUGCUCUUACAGGCUGUUGCCAUGCAAAGACCCCCAUUUCUGACCAUGUAUCAACCCCAAGGGGUUAUUACACUUUCCCAUCUAUUACAAAGAAAAAACUUUAAUUCUGUACCAAACCUGCCUGGUACUAUGUUGUCAUCAGCCAGUCCUCAAAAAAUUAGUUCAGUCAUUGCUAAUAAGGCGAGUGGGAUCACAUUGCAAGGUGACUUUCUAGCAAAAGAGGUCAUUCAGGAGAAAAUUCUAGGUCUCAGCUUGAGUAGUAGUAAAACAACAUUGCCACAGCCAGCAUGUGGGGAGCCUCUUGUUGGAUCCAAUAACAACCAUUGCGGCAAAAAUGGUUCCUUUAAACCAGAGUCUACGAAUAUGACAGUGCCUCUUAAUAGACAUCCUCCUAAUGUUUCAAAGACUUGGGACUCUACGCAACAAGCAAUGUUACCUUUUCUACCAGAAAACCUGAUCAAAGCUUUAGCCAGCCUUGGCCUUUCUCUUGAGGACCUAGAAUUACUCUGUCAUAGCCCAGACAACCACCUAACAACAGAGAUGCUCCCCCAUUUUAUACAAAGCAUGCAACAGCGCAAAGGAGCAAAUUAUAUCAAACAAACUUCAUCUGAAAGCAUCAUGCCUGGCAAGGUCAUUGAAUAUGGACAUGCAAGCAGGGACUCCUCUGGUCAAACGGAAUCAUCCAGAGAGUCGUCAUAUUCUUAUGGGAAGCAUCAUGCUCAUGGGAACCAGAAGAUUAGACACAGCAAAUGGAAGAAAAGCUAUCCUCUACCACAAUCCAUUUCUCCAUCUUCCCAAAGUCCAGCUUUAUUUAGUUCAAAUGGACACUCCUGUUGCUUGCAGACCCAUAGCUCCAAUAGCUCUGCAAGAUACAAUCCAUCUGAUCUUAGUCAUGAGCACUUCUUUCCCAAGUCUAGAGCUUUGAGACAAAUAAGAGAAUCAACAGGAAGAGGAUCAAAUUCCUUUCUUAAGCGGCUGCAACAUGGGCAUGCUGAGGAUACCAAAUUGAGACCUUGUUCCAUCUAUUUCCCCUCCCACUCGAAAUGUAGCAUAAGGCACAACUUUGUCACUCCGGAUCAUAAUAAAACAAGAAACUAUGCAACACAAAAGUCCUUGUCCUCUUCACAUAGCAGAUCCACCAUGUCCAAUACCAUGAGAAAAGGUCAUCGUUACCCCUCAUUUUCAUCUUUGAAGUCUGGAGAGUCUGGAUCCGAAUCAAAACCAGAAGCAACCACUGAAUCCAUGAACAUUCAGACACCAGUAACUAAGAAAGGUGUGAUUCGUGUGUCUGGAAUCCUUCAUGAUUACCCUGAGAGUGAAUUGAUCAAAAUGACAGCUCCUUUUGGUAAGCCUGUUGAGGUUUUAAUAGCAACUGAGGUUGACAUGGCAACUCAUCUAGAAUGGAAGAAGGCUUUAGUGAUUCUUCCAACUGAAUUCUCAGCCCAGGAAAUGGUGAAGGUUUACUCUGCUAUCCCACUUCACAUGAGACAGCAAAGUGUGGAGCUAGUGUCCCAAAUUGUAGACCUCAGUUCACCUGUGUCAAUGUUUCAAGCUUUUGUGGGGCCAUCAACAUCAAAUGGGUUGCUCACACCUUUAGACAAUUUGCUGGUGGUAUGCAAUGUCCCUAACCAGCCAUGCGCUACUACAGGAGUGCUACGAAUGCUAAAACCUUUUGGAAAGGUUUUCCGAACUCUGGUGUUUUGUGGGAACAAGGUGGAUUUUGACCAGUGCCUUUGGAACAAUAACUGUAUCCAGAUUGUUUUAGAGAUGGAAUCUGCUGCUGUAGCUUUAUCUGUGUAUGAGUGGUCUCAAAAAGUUCCUUGUCUUUAUCACAACCACCAUCUUGUUUUCCUUAGAGGAACUUAUAUACAGAAAAAUAUAUCUGAGGUAAAUUCUGCUUAAUAUUGUGCCAACAAAAAUGUUAUAAAUGUUAUAUAUUGUUAUAUUAUAUUACCUUUGUAUUUAAAUUGAUGAAUGUAUUAUUUGUAUAUCAGGGUAAAUAAAGUCAGAUG